AUGGAAGACAUCAUUUCGACUAACAAACCAAAAGAGUGGGAAAAGAUCAUCGGUAACACCGAAUCAAUGCUAACAUCAUGGAAGGAUAAAGAACGUCGCGGCAAUCUCUGCGGAGAAUCGAUCCGCGUUGUGUUUAAGGUCCCCAAACAUACCGAGCAAUCCAAAUCAUGUUCUUCAAUUGGAAAACACUUGGGUUCUUCUUUUUCCGCUGGUAUCUACUUGGCUGCAGAGCGAGCAAUGCUGACAUCAAACAGUCCAUCAGUACACGGAAACAUGUGGGUAGACCAUGAUGCCGCCAGUUUUCAUCGAAACAUUCAAAAAUCGACCUCUGACUUCUUGGCCGUUGCUUACCGAUAA